UUCUGUCCAAGGAGGGAGCAGACCAACAACCCCAGCGACUAAAAUCAAAGUUUCAAGUUCAGGAGUUCCAGGCAGAAUUCUCCAUGAGCGCUGUGACCUCUGACAUCUCAGGCACCUACAGGUGCUAUGGUUCUCAAGAUUCAUCUCCCUACCUCUUGUCACAUGCCAGUGCCCCUGUGGAGCUCACUGUCUCAGGAUCCUUUGGAACUUCCAGCCUGCCACCCUCAAGGCCCAUGCCAACAGCGGCCUCAGAGAUCCAGGAUCACACAGUGGAGAAUCUCAUCAGAAUGGGGUUUGCUGCCAUGAUCCUCAUAGUCCUUGGGAUUCUGGUCUUUGAGGCUUGGGGCAGCCAGAGGUGGGCCCAACGUGCAGCUGAGAAGUAAUCAGAGAAGAAAGAAGUACAUCUCUCAAGGUUCCAGAGUCUGGGAAAUAAAUGUGACAAUCCCAAGAAUUCUGUAAGAAAAUCCAGUUCUUACACUGAGGAACUGGAGAGAGAAUGUCCAGGGAGCGAAUGUGUUUUGGGUGCAGAGGUAACCUUGGGUGUGAUGAGAUCCUUCCUCAGCAAAUGAGUUUACAUCCCUCCACCUACUGUGGGUGUUUGCUGACUGAACCAACUCCUUUAUUGAUCUAUAUAGUGAGGGAAUAUCCUGUCCCAUCUGCCUGGCUUAGCUCAUUUCUGU